AUGGCCUUCUCUUCUUCCUCCUCCUCCUCUACUGCACUACAACAGAGUUUAGGCGAGUCGGAAGUGUUUGAUCUCGUGUGCGACUACCUCCGUACGCGCCAAUUCUUCCAGGCCGAGCGUACACUCCGCUCUGAGCGCGAAGCCGAGGCUUUGUCGCCCGUGACUACCACUAGUCAGCAGCCGAAUGACACAUUAUUGUCCACUGAUAUUGCUACUUCAUCGCUCGCUUCUCGUCUUGAAUUUAUGCUUGAGCGUAGCUACGUGACACAGCUCGUGUCUGGUUCUGGUGAGACAGAGCCCGAGAAAAUCUUUGUGCCACGUCAUGAGCUUGAAACGACACCGAAGCGUGCACGCGCGAAUUUAGACGGCAACGAAGCGCUCGAAGUUGAUGACGUUAACCGCAAUACAUUGGAAGAAGGUGACGACAAUGAGUUUAGCAUUAGCACACGCCUCGUGAGCUUUGAGGCUUGUAAAGACGAUCCCCACGGUUCGGCUACCAUGCCCAUCUACCAGACGUCGACAUUCGCACAACCAUCGGGCACUACGUUUGGUGCCUACGACUACACACGCUCGGGCAACCCCACACGUGCAGCAUUGGAGCGUCAAAUGGCAGAGUUAGAGGGUGGUCAUCGUGCUUUUGCCUUUACGAGUGGCAUGGCUGCACUCUCCGCCGUCUCUCGUCUGGCACACGCUGGCGACGAGAUUGUGCUCUCGGAUGAUUCGUACGGUGGCACGUAUCGUCUGCUUAGUAAAGUUGCUACGAAGAAUGGCGUUGUUGUUACGUACGUGGACUUGUCAGGUGAGAAUGGACCCAAGAAUUUGCUGGCGGCUCUAUCGGACAAGACAAAGUUGGUUAUGAUGGAGUCUCCUACGAACCCCAUGCAGCGCAUCUGUGACAUUAAACGUCUUGCAGAAGCUGCACACACGGUUGGAGCGCUGCUGUCUGUUGACAACACGAUGAUGAGCCCCAUCUUGCAGAACCCGCUGAAGCUUGGCGCCGACAUUGUGGUGCAUUCAGCAACCAAGUUUGUGUGUGGACAUAGUGAUACCAUGUCGGGCAUUGUCAUUGCCAAGGACCCAGAGCUCUGUCGUGACGUCUACUUUUACCAGAAUGCCGAGGGCACAGGCCUUGCGCCGUUUGACUGCUGGCUGCUGUUGCGUGGCGUAAAGACUAUGAGCCUGCGCGUGUUGGCGGCUCAGAAGAACGCCAUCAAGGUCGCUAACUUUUUGAACGACCAUCCAUUAAUCAAGACAGUGCAUUACACCAAUCUGCUGCCUGAGAACUCGCCUGAACGCAAGAUCCACGACGCACAGGCUCGCGGCUCUGGCUCUGUGGUGUGCUUUCGCACGGGAUCACUCGCUUUCUCGCAGCAUCUGCUGACGGUAACCAAGCUGUUCAAGAUUACAGUGAGCUUUGGCAGUGUAAACUCGCUGAUCUCGUUGCCCGGCGCAAUGUCCCACGCUAGUAUUCCAGAGGAGGUGCGCAAGGCGCGUUCGUUUCCGGAGGAUCUAGUGCGUCUGUCCAUUGGCGUCGAGGACGCGAAGGAUCUUAUCAAGGAUCUCUCCCAGGCGCUGCAAUCGUACGUGCCAUCUCAGGAGACGCAAUAA